AUGUCUCUUUCAUCUAGCAUUCUUGUUGUUAAGAGAACCUUGAACAUUCAAAGUCCAGGAGAUGAACAAAGAGAUAAUAUCUUCCAUACCAAAUGUUAUGUGGAAGAUAAAGUCUGCAUAAUGAUCAUUGAUAUAGAAAGUUGCACCAAUGUAGCAAGCACUCACGUGGUAGAGAAAUUAGGCUUGAAAACUUCCAAGCAUCCUCACCCAUACAAAUUAUGGUCUAUCACCAAUUUGGGGACUGAACAACAAAUUGAUUUUAUUCCUGGAGCCACCAUUCCCAAUAGACCAGCAUACCAAAGCAACCCAAAAGAAACCAAGGAAUUACAAAAGCAAGUCAAAGAACUAUUAGAAAAAGGAAACAUUCGGGAGAGACUGAGUCCUUGUGUUGUACUAGUCUUGUUGGUGCUAAAGAAAGAUGGGACUUGGAGAAUGUGUAUAGAUUGUAGGGUCGUGAAUCAAAUCACCAUUAAAUAUAGUCAUAGUAUACCUCAGUCAGAUGAUAUGCUUGAUGAACUCAGUGGUGCCAGCAUCUUCUCCAAGAUUGAUUUGAAAAGUGGCUACCAUCAUAUUAGAAUGAAGGAAGGCGAUGAGUGGAAGAUCGCUUUCAAAACUAAACAAGGCUUCAUUGUUAGUUCACAGGACUUAGAGGUUAAUCCAGAAAAGAUCAAAGCAAUUCAGGAGUGGCCAAGGCCUACUAACAUCAGUCAAGUCCAGAGUUUCUAUGGUUUGGCUAGUUUUUACCGCAGGUAUGUACUACUUAACACUUUGAAUUCUAAACUCCUUGGUUUUGCAUUCAUAAAGGAGCAGCAUGCUACUGACUUGGACUUUGGAGAAAAGUAUCUUUUGUGUGAAACAUGUGCUCAUGAUAAAUACUACCAACAUGAUGGAUACCUUUUCAAAGAAUAA